AUGGAAGAAGAUUGUGGUGCGUUUGCAGCAGACUGUGUUAUCCUGUCAUGCUGCUGCCAAUGCCUUGUGUUACAAGUCAGUGUCUUUGCCUUCUUCAAGAUCCCUCGUAAACUUGCCCAGAAGAUGAAGAAGUUUGUGAAGAGAAGAUGUGGAGAAACUUUGCAACCAACAAUGAAGGAGGAGGAUGUUGUCAAAGAGGAUCAUUGGUAUGGAAAUGGCUUUGCCUUUGAGGAAAGCUCAUCAAGAUUUAAUUGCACUGAAGAUAUUGAAGGAUUGUUGCAAGAACUGUCUAUGAACAAAGAGUUCGUGUUUGGAAGCUUCUGGCGCCACCAAGAUUCUUCUGACACUCUCGAUUUCAAAUAG